CGGACAGUGUGCCGCCAUGGAGUUUGGGUCUCUAGAAGGCGGGUACCUGGAGCUUCUCAACAGCAGUGCCGAUCCCUUGCAGCUCUACCACCUCUAUGACCAGACGGACCUGGCUAGAGAAGAGAUUGAGCUCUGCUCAGAACCCGACAUGGACACCAUCAACUGCGAACAGUUCAGCAAACUGUUGUGUGACAUGGAAGGUGAUGAAGAGACCAGGGAGGCUUAUGCCAAUAUCGCGGAACUGGACCAGUACGUGUUUCAGGACUCCCAACUGGAUGGUCUGGGCACAGACAUUUUCAUCGAGCACAUAGGAUUGGAAGAAAUGAUCAGCGAGAGUGUCGAGGUGCUGGAGGAAGCAGGGCAGAAAAGUCAGAAAAGACCCUUCCCAGAGGAGCUGCCCGUGGACUUGAAGCACAGGAAGCUGGCUGAGCCCCUCGCUGUGCCCAUGGUGACUGGCACGUUCAUGGUCGGGUCAGUGAGUGACUCCGCAGCUCUGCCCUGCCUGUCACCACCUGCUGUGUUCAACAAGGAGCCAGCAUCCAGCCAGAUCUGGCUGGAGGAGACCGUCCUGAUGCCUGUGCCCCCUUCCAGUUCCUUGCUGAGCUGCCCGAGUCUUCCUGCUGGACGCAUCCAGAUCAUCCCUGGCCUCCCCUCUCUGCCCCAGGGGCUCUGGCAAAUCUCAGGGGCUGGGACGGGGGUGUCUGGUAUGGUCAUUUAUCAAGGCGAGAUGCCCCAGGCCAGCCAAGUGCUUCCUUCCAGUGGCCCAGCUGUGCAGAGCCUCCCGAAGUUCCCAGAUCGGCCCGGCUCCACCAGCCCCUUUGCCCCGUCUGCAGCUGACCUUCCUGGAAUGCCAGAACCAGCCUUGACCUCCCGUGCAAAUACGACAGGUAAGGACCCUCGGGGGCCGGUGAGAGUUACAGGAAGCAGGACGGAGGCCCUGGGGGGAGGAAUCGUCUCAAUCAGGUUCACAGACCAGGCCACCCACAGGGACAGGCAGGCUGCGUUUAAGGGUAAAACAAGGUAGGGUGGUCUCCAGGGAGUGGAAGGCAUAAGAGAACACGUGUUCCACCUAAACCGGACCACUGGCCUUCAGCUACUUGCCACCCAGCACGAAACCAGACCCAGCGUGGCCAGAUCUUCUGAUUUGUCAGCAGAAUCUACAAAUCUCAGUUUUUACAUA